AUGUCAGACUAUAAUGAAGAUUCCAACGAAGAAGAAUACCUUCUCAAAAUAGUCAUAAUCAGAGACUUCAUAGUCAGAAAAUCCAACCUCUUAUCCCGCUACACUCGUAAUGAAUUCAACCCACAUUCAAAAACCACCAUUGGAAUCAAGUUCCAGACUCAAAGCAUGCGAAUUGACAGUAAAGAAGUCAAAGCUCAGAUUUGGGACACCACCAGCCAAGAAAGGUUUUCUGCCGUCACUUUAGCUUAUUAUAAAGGUGCUGUCAGUGCUCUUAUUGUUUAUGAUAUUAGUCGUAGAACUACCUGCGAUAGUGUCGGUUGA